AUGAAUAUUCACGGCUCCCUAACUUUCAUCAGGGAUCGUUGCACGUGGCGUGAUGACCGAUAUUCGCGUCGGGAUCGGGAGCAACUGCUGACAUUCAAAGAACGUCUGAAUGCGGUCUUCCCGGACAUACAAUUUACGACGGAGGAGGAAGAGAACAACCAGCUGGCCUUCCUGGAUGUCCUCCUAUGCCGCAAGGAUUGUAGUGGACUAAAGACCAAAGUGUUCAGGAAAGCGACAAAUACGAUGCAAGUACUGAACUUCAACAUCAACUACCCAAUCAGUCACAAACGCAGUUGUGUAAGGACGUUCUAUCGGCGUGCCGAAACGCACUGCAGUGAGCCGGAAGACAAGAUUGCUGAACGGGUCGUCAAAGCCAAUGGCUACCCGCGCAACUUUGUCAACCGGUGCAUACGCAAAAUGGAUGAAAGGCCUAACCGCGCGGACAUCAAAGUUUGGCGAGCGCUUCCAUAUGUCAAGAACGUUUCGGAAGCUGUUGGCCGCCUUCUCGCACCACUUGGGGUUGGAGUUGCACACAGGUCGGAGGCAACCAUCAGGCGUCUGAUCAUGAAAUCGAAAGACCCACUGCCACGGCAAGAAACGUCUGGAGUCGUUUAUCGGAUCUGGUGCAGUUGCGGACAAAGCCACUACGUCGGAGAAACCGGAAGACAAAUCCAAACGCGAAUGGCCGAGCACGCUGCAGAGAUGCGGAGAAAUGACGCCAGCUCUCAAGUUGCGACUCAUUCGACGGGUUCCGGCCACAAAUUCAAAUUUGAGGAGGCCGAAAUUCUCGCAAGAGGUGACAACCGCGUGAGCCGGGAGCUGCUUGAAUCAUGGUUUACUGGCCCCCAGUCCAUUAACAAGUGCAAUGAUAUUCCCAUUCCAUACUCGGUGCUGAGACUUCGCCUAGGCGGAGUAAUUGGCCACGCGGGGAGCGCACAGGUGAACACUCGUCCCAACACCUGGGUCAGCGCGUCAGAUGGUCGAGCAAUCAUCACACAAACAUCCAACGCACGUGAUGAAAUUGUGGCAAUUACCGAUGCGAAUAUCGGCCAUCACGCCACGUGCAACGAUCCCUGA